AGUUCCGGACGCGGCGGCCACCGCCGCCAUCUGUCACCUUAGCGCCGGCAUCGGCACCCAGCCACAUCUGUCUCCUCUCGGCAGAGCCUGCUUCCCACCCUGCCGCCUCUCUGCUCUGUUCUCGUCGCAGCCUUCUUCCAUGGAUCCUGUCGGAGUGGCAUCGCCUGAGCCAGGGCCUGCAGCGGCCUGGGGCCCCAGCAAGUGUCCAUGGGCCACACCUCAAAAUACAAUGUCCUGUUCUUUGGCUGACGUCAUGAGCGAACAGCUGGCUAAAGAACUGCAGUUGGAAGAAGAAGCUGCUGCUUUUCCUGAAGUUGCUGCUGCUGAUGGACCAUUUGUCUCUGGAGAAAAUGUUGACACCUCCAGUGAUCUAAUGCUGGCCCAGAUGCUACAGAUGGAAUUUGACAGGGAAUAUGAUGCACAGCUGAGGCGUGAAGAAAAGAAAUUCAAUGGAGACAGCAAAGUUUCUAUUUCUUUUGAAAAUUAUCGAAAAGUGCAUCCUUAUGAAGACAGUGACAGCUCUGAGGACGAGGUUGACUGGCAGGACACGCGUGAUGAUCCCUACAGACCAGCAAAGCCAGUUCCCACUCCCAAAAAGGGCUUUAUUGGAAAAGGAAAAGAUAUCACCACCAAACAUGAUGAAGUUGUGUGUGGGAGAAAGAACACAGCAAGAAUGGAAAAUUUUGCGCCUGGCUUUCAGGUUGGAGAUGGAAUUGGAAUGGAUUUGAAACUGUCCAACCACGUUUUCAACGCCCUGAAACAGCAUGCCUACUCCGAGGAGCGCCGGAGCGCCCGCGUGCAUGAAAAGAAGGAGCAUUCUACCGCGGAAAAAGCAGUUGAUCCUAAGACACGUCUACUUAUGUAUAAAAUGAUCAACUCUGGAAUGUUGGAGGCAAUCACUGGCUGUAUUAGCACAGGAAAGGAAUCUGUUGUCUUCCAUGCCUAUGGAGGGAGCAUGGAGGAAGAGAAGGAAGAUUGUAAAGCUAUACCCACAGAAUGUGCCAUCAAGGUAUUUAAAACAACCCUUAAUGAAUUUAAGAAUCGUGACAAAUAUAUUAAAGAUGAUUUCAGGUUUAAAGAUCGCUUCAGUAAACUAAAUCCACGUAAGAUCAUCCGCAUGUGGGCAGAAAAAGAAAUGCACAAUCUCACCAGAAUGCAGAGAGCUGGAAUUCCUUGUCCGACAGUUGUACUGCUCAAGAAACACAUUUUAGUUAUGUCUUUUAUUGGCCAAGAUCAAGUUCCAGCCCCUAAAUUAAAAGAAGUAAAGCUCAGUAGUGAAGAAUUGAAAGACGCUUACUACCAAACUCUUCAUUUGAUGCAGCAGCUGUAUAACGAGUGCACGCUUGUCCAUGCUGACCUCAGCGAGUACAACAUGCUGUGGCAUGCUGGGAAGGUCUGGUUGAUUGAUGUCAGUCAGUCAGUAGAGCCAACCCAUCCUCAUGGCUUGGAAUUCCUAUUCCGGGACUGCAGGAAUGUCUCCCAGUUUUUCCAGAAAGGAGGAGUGAAAGAAGCUCUAGGUGAACGAGAACUCUUCAAUGCUGUUUCAGGCUUAAACAUCUCGGCAGAUAACGAGGUGGAUUUCUUAGCUGAGAUAGAGGCUUUGGAGAAAAUGAAUGAAGAUCAUGUUCAGAAGAAUGGAAGAAAAGCUGCUUCAUUUUUGAAAGACGAUAGCGGCCCACCAGUACUGUAUAACGAAUAGCACCAGGACCCACUGCUUUCUGCGUUAACUCGGUGGUGAUCGUCAGCUGCCAAGAGCCAGCGGAGUCAUGGGUGAUUGAGAUACCAAACCACUGGUGCUCCUGUGCUUUCUGCCCCUGGUACCCCACGUGCCGGAUGUGUGGAACGUUCAGCUCGACAUCGAGAGAAUAAAUGUCACUACCUCUCAGCUUCUGAACAGGAUGAUAGAAUUCUUUAACAGCUCUAAGUUAUCUAACUGAAGUUGACCUGGCUUACAGGCCGCAUGAUGUAAGAUGUUUUCAUGAGAAUUCGAAAAGUUUAGCCAACACUUCCAGGCACAGAGGACGGGGCAGGUGUUUUUUCCCACGGGGCUUUGGUGACAGCAUGCUUGGCUUGGUCACCUCCCAGUUUUGUGUGGCAUCUUUCCUCACAUGUUUUAUUGGACAAAGUUGGCCCUCCUUCGUUCUUGUUCUUUACAAAUGUGACUUCACAGGAAAAUUUCUUCUCCUUCAUGGAUAUUACUAAUGGAAAUCUGUUCUCAGAAUGACCGAGGGAAACAUAAAAGCAAUGUAGUUUUUAUUGAUACAUCCCACAAAAAUGAACUCAGUUUUAUUUUUUCCAUGUUCAGAUCCAAGAAAAGGCAUGUGAGAAAUUCAUUGUCCACAUUUUAAAAUUUCACUUUUUAAACUUUUCUACAUUUAGAUAAAAGGUUAGGAUGUAGCUCAAGGUCUGGCUGCUUGACAUUUAUACUGAAACGUGUAUCAUUUAGAAGGACAGAACACAAGACUUAACCAUGUCUGACACACUAGGUGAGACAGAUUUCAGUAUACAUCUCAGUAAAACUUGAUUUUCAGAGAAACAUAGCAAACUGAUGAGGAAAUAAUGUUAAAGGGUAUGUACUAAAACAACUUGGAUACCAAAUUAACCAACUGAUUGAGAGGUCUAACCUCACUUAAGUCCUUCACUGCCUGGACAGACACCGGCGUUGUUGGGAUUCAGGUUUGUUCUGUAACUGCAGCAGCAUCAUUCCUUGUGUUACUGUAGUCAGACUGGAACCCCCGAGUGAAGAGCCAUGCUUUCUGUCUGGUAAUAAAAAGUAAAUGUCUAGACAGCAUUUACCCUUGAAAACUUACCUUUUAACAUUCACAUUACUUUAAAAGGCCAAGUAUGUUCUGUCUAUAAAAAUAUUUAUUUUUGUUUCUAUGAUAUAUAGGUUUUAACUGCAUUUCAAAGGAAUGUGAUUUGGGAUUGGGUAUUCAUUAUGUUUCUGAAAUGUGUACUGCUCUGAAACGGAGAUUUAACUGGUUGGUGAUUAUUGGCUUUGAAGAAAUUUCAGAGAAAGAAAUUUUUAAUACUGUUAACCAUUUAAAACUUGCCUGGAUUUGUUUUCUGACAUACUCUGACAAAAACCAGCAAGCCAUUGCUGUGUGGCAUCGUGGGAGUGUGCUGUGAACAUGCUUUUCAAGAAAUUAAAAAUGCAAAGUUCAUUUUA